CAGGUGUGGUGAGUUUAGAGCGUAAUCACCUGCUCUGAGUUUGAGUGACAGUGAAAAGCUGCAGAUCUGAUGGUUCUACAGGAGCAGGACUGCAGACCCUUGUGUUAACGAGUGAUACAGAGCAGGUCAAUUCCAUUUACAAUUUAGGAUUGACAGACAUUCAAUUCAUGAACUGAAUAAUUUACAUAUUGUUCUAUGGGGACAUUCCAGUUAAUUAAUUGGAUUUUAAUUCAUUUGCUGAAUUGAGCGAAGUGGGAUGACCCCAACCCUGGUAAAGAGAUCACAGCCUGUCGGUUCUGCACACUGAUCGUGUUUGCGUCCUGUCUUCUGUUGUCACUGAGCAUGCUGUUUCACAAACAGUACACCUCCACGUUGUUUACAAUUUUGAUUGGCACACGGCAUAGUCAGCUGUUGCUCAGGUGCAGGUCUUUAUGGGUAGCUGCAAUAUGACGCCAGCUUCGGGAUUCAAAGAGGCUGCAGCAUGCAUCAUUCUGUCACAGUGCCACCAUUACAUCACCACAUUUAUCACGGCAGCCCUCCUGGUGACAAUGAUCCUUGGCUGCCCAAGUGGAAUAACUGACGCUAGCUUCUUUGUUAUCUGCCAGGCAGCGUGCCCUACAUCAGCUUACAACAUGUGCCCCAACCUGCUGUCCCUGACCCUGUCCGGCUGCGGCCACAUCGAGGACCAGGACGUGGUGCUGGUCCUGCAGAGCUGCAGGCGACUGCGCAGCCUGCGGCUGGAGAACUGCGUGCGGAUCACCGACUCCCUCCUGCACGCCGUGGUCGCCCAUGGAGACAGCCUGGCCGCCGUGCAGGUCGAUUUCUGCCGAAACGUGACCCAGUCCGGCCUGCAGGUGGUGAGGGCCGGGCGGCCGGGCGUCCGGCUGAGCGCCGAAAGGAGCGCGGGCAUGAUCCCCGACGGCAGGCCGCAGGACAAGCCGCAGCCGCUGCGUAGGGCUCUGCAGAAGGUCCUGCUUUUCUCCUGAAACCACACGGCCAACAGAGCACAGCCAACAGCGCACAGCCGGCACAGUCUCUGGCCUGGAGACGGGGUGGUACCAGAAAUGAGAACAAGACAGGAAAAGCAAAGGCUGGGACACAGAUUCAGUUGGAUUAACUGAGACCCAAUAGACCAGGGCCCUGUUUCACAAAGCAGGAUUACUGAAUUAGCUGGAUGACUGCACUGGAUAACUGCACUGAGCAGUUAUCCCAGAACCCUCCUAAAUCUGGACAUGGACUGAAGCGAAAAGAGCUUCUCCGGGUUCUACUAGUGCAGUUAUCCAGCUAACUCAGUCAUCCUACUUUGUGAAAUACCCCGCAACUUCAGUCAAUUUGUCAAUCCUUGUUUUGGUUGAACAACAUUUACAAACAAGUGAUCACACAGUCCUGUACAGUUGGUCUGCUGACUACAGUGCUUUUAUGCCAUAGUUUAUGGUUCAAAACCCUUCAACAGAGACGUGGGGUUCAUUUGAAUAUAAUGUUUAAAGGGUUUUCCCCCUAGAACCUUCACACUAAAUUCCUGAAGAGCUUUUUGGGAAGAACAUUCAUAGGUGGAAAGAAUGAAGAGGACUGCUUUUAUGAUAAAGCCCUUUCCUUUUCCUGACUUCCCAUUCCCACGUAUUUUGAAAUUCAAAUGCAUUUAUGCAUUUUCAAUUUUCCACUGAUUUUUUUAAAGCAUUUUUUACCACGUUUUGUGUUUGUAUGAAUUUUAUAUAUUCACUUUGUUAGUUUUUGCAAGUGAUACAAAAGCAUUAACAAAGAAAAAACCUCCCAAUAAAUAAAUAAAGUUAAUGCAACCCCCAUGUGUUAAUUCAGA